UAAAAGAAACCGAUCCCCACUCUCUAAAAUUCUCUCUCUAAAAAUCCCGGUGAGAUGGUCGCCGUAAGUUCGUUUUCCGGCGAAUAUCCCGGCGGUAUAGUUGCCUGAGAUCGGAUCGAAACUUACUUCACUCCAGCAAUGGAAUAAUCACCACACUGGUUUUUAUCUCCGUCGACGCUAAUUUGCGACUGGCAGAAAUAAGCAGCUGUUUUUCCGGUGAGAUCCGAAUAGGUUUCCUUACCUGGUUUGGAUCCGAAUCGCUAUCUGUUUUUCCUUACUGAAUAAUUCAUUUCUUAUUCAAUUUGCCUCUUUUCUCAAGUUUAAUAAGCUUUGUUCUGUGUAUCUUAUAUUUUCUGCUUCAAAAUAAGGGAAAAUUUCUGAAUAAUAUGUGAAAUUUGAAUCUCAGUGGAAAAAACACGAGGAAGUUUGAAUAUUUUGGGUAAUAUUUCGAACUAUUUGAUUAUAGUUGCUAGAUUUUGACAUACUCAUGAAGUUGUAGUAGUUAAUAAGCGAGCUGGAGUUCAUAGCUUUUUUGGUGAGAGAGAUUGAUAUUUUGAUAAAAGAUUUGGGAAUUUUGUGUUUUCACAAAUAAAUUUUGUGGCUUUUUUCAAGUGUGUGAUUGAUUGGAAACUGUGGGUUGUGUAUGAUAGCAUGGCUUCUGAAACUAAGAAGUUGAAGAAUGGGUAUUUAUUUGUGAAGGAGGAAGAGGAGAAGGGGAAAAGAAUGAGGUUAGAAGAAGAAGAAGAUGAUGAUGGUCAUUGCAAAUUUAGAUCAAGUGAAUCACUUCUUCCAGGCCUACAUGAUGAUGUUGCUUUAACGUGUCUUGCUCGGGCAUCUAGAUCAGAUUAUGCAUCGUUGUCGUGCCUGAAUGCUAGGUUUAAUUCAUUAGUCAAGAGUGGUUAUUUAUAUGAAUUAAGGAGGCGGAUAAGUGUUGUUGAACACUGGGUUUAUAUGGUUUGUGAUCCUCGGGGUUGGGAGGCUUUUGAUCCUUUCAGAAAAAAAUGGUUGAGAUUGCCGAAAAUUCCUUGUGAUGAUUGCUUUAAUUAUGCAGAUAAGGAGUCAUUAGCGGUUGGUAGUGAAUUACUGGUUUUUGGCCGUGAGUUGUUUGAUUUUGCUAUAUGGAAAUACAGUUUGAUUCAAAACAACUGGGAAAAAUGUGAAGGGAUGAAUCAUCGUCGUUGUCUGUUUGGAUCGGGUAGUCUUGGUUCAAUUUCUAUUGUUGCAGGGGGUAGUGACAAGAAUGGAAAUGUACUAAAAUCUGCCGAGCUUUAUGAUUCUUUGACUGGUACAUGGGAAAUACUGCCCAACAUGCAUUCUCCCCGCAGAUUAUGCUCUGGCUUUUUCAUGGAUGGAAAAUUUUAUGUGAUAGGUGGGAUGACUAAUCCUACCGAUUCUUUGACUUGUGGGGAAGAGUUUGAUCUACAAACAAGGAAGUGGAGGAAAAUUGAGUGCAUGUAUCCAAACGUCAAUAGAGCUGCUCAGGCACCUCCUCUUGUUGCAGUUGUUAAUAACCAACUAUAUGCAGUUGAAUAUCUAACCAACAUGGUUAAGAAGUAUGACAAGAAAAAUAACUCAUGGGAGGUAUUGGGAAGACUUCCUGUGAGGGCUGAUUCUUCGAAUGGUUGGGGUCUUGCUUUCAAAGCAUGUGGUGAAGAACUUCUUGUGGUAGGUGGCAACAGGGGUCCAGAAGGUGAAGCUAUUAUAUUGAGUUCUUGGGCACCAAAAUCAGGGUGUAAAGACGGCACCUUGGAUUGGAAGGUCAUCGGCCUAAAAGAGCAUUCUGGUGUCUUUGUAUACAAUUGUGCCGUGAUGGGUUGUUGAGACUCAUCCAACCAAAUGGAGAAAGAAGUCAUUCGUUUCAACUGUUGUUUCUAGCGUAAUUCCAACACAUUGUUUGAUUUAUUAGCAUUUCUUUUUAUUUAACAUCUUUCAGCUGUUUGAGAUAAGCAAUUGUUCUUAGCUAAAAUGUCCUCUUAACUGGAUGGUUAUUUUCACUCACUCAUUCUGCAGACUGCUUGCUUCCAGAUUUCGGUUUUCACCUUGUUCAUUGAGUUAAUAUGGUUGAUUCACUAAUCUACAUGAUACCAAAUAAUGGAUAUUUUUCUUCUUA